ACAUAAUCCCUCCCUAUAAAGUACAUCAUAAGGCGUGUCGAUAGCUCAGAUUUUAACAGGUCUCAAGUAAAUGUAUCUGUGCAGCAUCAUGACUGAAGCGGAGUUGUACUCAGUCUACAAGGGGGUUUAUAUCCCCAAAGAUCUUCACCCACCUGAGUGUCUAAGGAACUAUGAGGAGUUCAACUUUCGGCAGGAUGAUAUUUUAAUUGUUACUUAUCCAAAAUCAGGCACGACUUGGAUGCAGGAGAUCGUCCCAUUGAUCCAGAGCGAGGGGGAUCUCACCCCGGUCCAGACCAUUCCAAACUGGGAGAGAGUGCCAUGGCUGGAGGCGCGGAGUGCGAGAAACCUUAAUCUGGAGGAGAGACCUUCUCCGCGCAUAUUUGCAACUCACCUCCAUUAUAAUAUGAUGCCAGAGUCCUUCUUCAAAGUCAAGCCAAAUGUCUUGUAUGUCCUGCGACACCCAAAGGAUGUCUUCACUUCAUCUUUCCACUAUCAUAAAAUGGCUUCAUUCCUGGUGAAUCCUGGAACAGUGGAUGAGUUCAUGGAAAAGUUCCUUACGGGAAAAGUAAUGUUUGGCUCCUGGUUUGACCAUGUAAAGGGAUGGACACAUGCCAAAGACCAAGAACAUAUUUUAUACGUAUUUUAUGAAGAAAUGAUAAUGGAUCUUAAGGAGUCUGUUCGUAAACUCUCCAGUUUUCUGGGGAAAUCUCUAAGCCAAGAAGUCAUUGCAAACAUAGCUGAUCACUGUGUGUUCAAAAACAUGAAAACAAACAAGAUGUCAAACUAUUCCUUGGUGUCAAGUAAGAUCUUUGACCAGAAAAAGUCAACAUUUCUGAGGAAAGGCACUUCUGGAGAUUGGAAGAACACACUGACUGAAGCCCAAUCAAAUCAUUUUGAUGCUGUUUAUGAAGAGAAAAUGAGAAAUGUCAAAUUCAAAUUCUUUUGGGAUUGAAUUAGUCAUACCCAUGGUAGGCUUCCCACAAUCCCUAUGAGGAUGUCAUUACUUUGAUGAUUUGUGGCAUAGGAGUUUUGAGGAGGUGUUUUGUGUUGUAUUGUCAGAAAUGCAA